AUGAUAUCAUCAUCAUCCUCCCCACACUCAGAGAUUGGGUCCCAAGCCCCAAUAACAAGAAGCCCUUACGGCACAGAAUCACUCAACAUAAGGGUGACUGACGAUCACAACCGCAACACGAAGAGAGAUGGAUGCAGUCCAACACCAGGCUCACCGGAAGUUGCUGAGGCUCCUGAGCUAGAAGACAUAGCUAAAGAAGAAAAGGUAGAGGAGGAAGCAGCUGCCAUCAUCCCAGAGGUGGAGGAGAGUCUACUGGACAAUGACAUUGCCGUGCAGCCUCCCACGCCCACUGUGCUGGAGCAGGUGGUGGAGCUGAGCAUCCUCCUGACUGGAGAGAUGUACAGUGACAACCUGGGCGAUCCAGCCAGCCUCCAUUACCAAACCCUCAGCAGACAGCUUGCUGAAAAGAUAGAGGAUGCUCUGGAGGGGCUUCCUGGAUUUAAGAGUGUGUCUGUGUUGGACUUCAGUCUGGGUGGCGUGGUGGUGGACUAUGCUGUCACAGUGCUGGUGGAUGGAACAGGGGUGAGCAAUGAACAGCUGGACUAUCUGACCCUGCAGUCAAACCUGGUGGAAAACUCAUACCGUGAGGUCAUGGAGCGCCCUACAUUGGUCUACACCAUCAGUGAGGUCAAAAACUUAAUCACUGAAGCCCUGCAUAAUGACGAGAGGGAGAGUGUGUCUGAGGACCCCGAGUUUGUCAAUGCUGCAGAAGAAGCGGCGAUUAAGGCUGCCGAAGAGCCACCAGAGGUCAUGAUCUUAGAAGGGGACACUGAAGAUGUCAACAUAAAUGACGUCCUUCCCGAGCCCUCUGAAACCAACACAGUGGCGACAGAAGAACAUGACGUCAUUAUUCUGGAGGACAGUGCAGUUAUGUCUCUUGCUCCUGUCCUGACGACUAGUGCACCCGAAGCUGGCAGCAUUGAGGAGGAGGGUCUGUUGCUGGAGGAUACUGUACAGACUCUUGCUACAGACCCCCCCCUACCAGAGGAGCUCCCAGCUGAGCUUACCUCCCCUGAGCUGCCAGAUGAUGCCACACUGCCUGAACCACCUGUGGAGAAGAAAAAGGCCUACCUGCCCCAGUCCCACCUCCCUGAUGCUGUAGAUAUAGCGAGUGAAGUAUCAGAGCCAGAGGCAGCAGAAAAGGGUCCUGUUGGUGAAGAGCUGGUGGAGGGCGCAGAAGAAGAGUCCAACCUUACAGGUGUUCCAUCUGCAGAUAAGGAAGUUAACCCCGAAGAGCCUGCAGAAGACGGAGACAUUAACGUGGUGUUGACCUAUCCAGAGGAACCCAUACUUGAAGAGGGUGGCAUGGAGGAAGUAACAGAGAGUGAGGGACUAGAGGUAAAGGAAAGUCCACCAGAAAUCCCAGCAGUGGAGGAAGAGGCCCCAGAUGCUCCAGAGAUUUCUACAGAGGAUCUUACAGAGGAUGAGAUCUUACUGGUCAACAACGACGGGGAACCAGAGCCUCCAGCGACAGAUUUCCUGACCCCUGCCCAACCGACCGCCCUCUCUCCAGAGAGGGAGUCGCCUUUCACCCGCAUCUCUGAUGCUGACCCUGUCUCUGAAGGGCAACCUGACAUCAUCAUCCCUUCAGUGGUGGAGAUCCAGACCCCUAACGAAGGCAUGGAUGAUGCUACCAUUGGGGACCAGGACUAUGACGUGAUUCAUUAUAGUUAUGAUUUGAUUAACCACACAGAGGACGGCAGCACUAGCUUUCCAUUUGUUGUGACACACGGCACAGACCAAGCCAGUAUCGCCAUGCCUGUGAACCCUGGACGAGCACUGAUGGUGUUCUUCAGCCUGAGGGUGACCAACAUGAUCUUCUCCGAUGACCUCUUUAACAAGAGCUCCCCAGAAUACAAAGCUUUGGAGCAACGCUUCAUAGAGCUGCUUGUGCCCUACCUGCAGUCCAACCUUACCAACUUUGAGAACCUGGAGAUCCUGAACUUCAGGAACGGGAGCAUUGUGGUCAACAGCCGGAUGAAAUUUGGCAAGCCUGUGCCGCAAAGCGUCACCACCACUGUCUAUCUGAUCCUGGAGGACUUCUGUAACACAGCUUACCAGACCAUGAACCUGGCCAUCGAUAAGUACUCACUGGACGUUGAGUCGGGGGACAAGGCAGACCCCUGUAAGUUCCAGGCCUGUAACGAGUAUGCAGAGUGUAAAGUGAACAAGUGGUCAGGGGAGGCGGAGUGUGUCUGUAAUGCUGGCUACUUCAGUGUGGACAGCCUGCCUUGUCAGAGUAUCUGUGACCUGCAGACCGACUUUUGCCUCAAUGACGGAAAAUGUGACAUCAUCCCCGGCCAGGGAGCCAUCUGCAGGUGCCGCGUUGGGGAGAACUGGUGGUACAGAGGAGAGCACUGUGAGGAGUAUGUAUCGGAGCCACUGGUGGUCGGCAUUGCGAUUGCCUCCGUGGCUGGAUUCCUGUUGGUGGCCUCGGGAGUCAUCUUCUUCCUCGCCAGGACGUUACGGGAUCAGUAUGACAAGGAUGAGUCCGAGGACCCCAUACGGCGAGCAGAGAGUCUCCCAUCUCUGGAGAGGGCAACCAAGUACAACCCCAUGUAUGAGAGCGAGGCCACCACAGGUUACAGCCACUACUACCGCCGCUAUCCGGAAGCUCCUGUGUACAGCAGUGCUGAGGCCUCCACUGACUUCAGCAGCGAGGAGAUACGACACAUCUAUGAGAACAGUGAACUGACCAAGGAGGAAAUCCAAGACAGGAUACGCAUUAUUGAGCUCUACGCUAAGGACCGGCAGUUUGCAGAUUUUGUACGGCAGCAUCAAGCCGUCUUGGAUACCCGCAUAGAGAGCUCCUCUACCCAGGCAUGAAUCUCUCCGGUGAACAACAAGAAGUUUUGACUGUUCGUCCCCCUUCCUUGGUGCCUUCUCUUGACUGGGUGAGCUGGCUGUGACAUCAAGGGACAUGCUUGCUGCUCAUCUACUGGACGUCUUCCUUUGGGGAAAACUGGACUGCAUCCUCUUACUUGAAAUGUUAUCAGACUCAGCCCAAUCCUCUCUGCAGUAGUACUUUUGGUUAGUGUUAUAAUCGGUUUUGUUUAAUCAUGUCAUACUAUCUGUCCAUUCAUAAAGUGAAGAACUUAAAACUGUGUAUACAUAUAUAUAUAUAUAUAUAUAUAUAUAUAUAUAGUGUUACUGUUAGGUGGUUUACCAGAUAAUAUUCUUUCUUCACUCUACAAAGCUCAAAUGUACUCUUUAGGCCUUCCCAGAGAGACACUGAGAAAGCUUUUUUAGUCAAUGGUGCUAACUUAAUUUAAAAUACUCUUUGAAAUCUAGUGGUCUAUAUAACUAAUUUUUACAAUUUAAAAGCAACUUCAGUGAAUAAACUGUCUAUAUACUACUGAAGAUUAAAGGAAUAGUUCAAGGAAAUACACUCCCUUUCUGGCAGAGAGUUAAAUGAGAAGAUCGAUUGAACUCUCACAUCUGUCUGUUAAAUAUGAAGCUAUAGCCAGCAGCCGUUAGUUUAGCUUGACACAAAGACUGGAAACAAGGGGAAACAGCUAGCCUGACUCUGUCUAAAUCUGCCUACGUAAAUAUACAUAGACAGACAUAACGUGUUAAUCAGUUAGCUUUAGAAGUGUUAGUUAGUUAGGUGGAUUUCGUAAGUGCCAGGCUAGCUGUACUCUCGUGUUUCAAGUCUUAAGCUAAGCUAAAUGGCUGCUUUCUGUAGCCUUAUGUUUACUGUACACACAUGAAUGUGGAAUCAUUCUUUCUAUCUAAAUCCCUGCCAGAAAGCAAAUAAGCAUAUUUUCAAAAUGUCAAACUAUUCCUUUAAGGUGACCAAAUACAGUGUUAGUGUAUGUAAUAUUACUGUUCGUCAAUGUAAAAGCAGUCUUUUACAAUCUGAACAUUGUGUAACGUCAUUCCAGCUAUUUUUCCUCUGGCAGGUAAUAUUUCUGCCUUUUUAACCACUCCAUCCAUCAGAAGCUUUGGUGUAUGUUUGUGAAUGUAUGAUGUGGUAGACAUGAGAAUGUGAAAAAAGUGGGGAUGGGAGAGAAAGUCGGGGAACAUGAACCCUCUAUAGCUCUGGAAUCCAGAAAUAAGUGAAAACACGUUUCAGUGGAAAAAUGAAAGUGGCCCAGGGAUUUGAUUAAAUGUUCUGUUUUCAGAUGUCAUGUGUAAUGCAACUGAGAGAACAAUAGCACCAGGAAAAGCAAGCUGAUAAACAACACGCGUUUUUUGCAGCU